AUGAAUGAUACAGUAGAAUUUCAGCGAACACCAACUGCAGAGAAAACCUCAUCCUUUCACACUACAAAUAAUGAUAUCCUCCUUCCUGAAAGGAACUCUGCACCAAUAUUCUCUCAUUCCGAUAUGAAAGAUGAUACAACAAGUAAUGAUAUACGAAUGUCGCUACCUAGUUCCAGAGAUAAAAUAGUGGAAUCAUCUCAAAAUAGGUUUCAUGAUCGUUCACCAGUGCCUAACGAUAUUGACGAAACAACUACUAGGCUGCGGUACAAUAGAAGGACUCCCGAUCUCGAUAGAAUUACGAAAUUCUUUAAAUCAAACAAAUCACCUGGUAGAAACCGUCUAUUAGAAGAAUUUAAAAAUGCAACAUUACAAGACACUCCUAUAGGGAAGAGAACUUCAAAUACAAUCGAAAGUAAAAAUAUAAAUAAUGAUACUACAGGUGCAAUAAAAGAGGGAGGAAAAUUCCAAAGUACAGAAGUUAUUAGUGGCGCCUUAGGAGAUGAUAACGAGCAUUCGUUAUUUUUCUCUAAUCUUAAAGCUACUAAUGAAGACGAAGAAUCAAACUAUCUGAAUGGGUCACCGCGAAAAACGAAGAUGAUUAGCCGUACGUCAGAAAAUAAUAUGUUACCUCCGAAUUUAAAUUUCCAACUAGAAGAUACCCCACCAUCACAACGGAAAUCUAUAAGUUUACUAUCAAGUAAUAGAAUACCGUCUUUAAAACAUUUGGAUAAUAUAGAAAAUAAUGAAUUGUUAAAGGCACAAAUUAAUUUGCUUCAAAAGGAAAAUGAAAAUCUAAUCUCAAUUAAUGGUAUGGAAAAUGAAGCAAAAACAUAUAAUGAAGACAUCCAAACCGAAAAGAAAAAUAUUGUAGAAUCGGUUAACAAUAGCCCUGUAAACCAUGCUGACACUCUAACGAUAGCAGAAGAUCUGAUACAUCCUACUUCGGAAAGCAACUCAAAACCAAUGAUUGUAUUUUCAAACCCCGGAGAGGUAGUGGACAUCGAAAAUGAUUGUAGUUUGCAAGUAGUAAAAGAAAAAGAGGAAGAAGGAGAAAAUGAAGGUGAUGAUGAAGAAAUACGACACGACUUUUCAACUAGUAAAAUCCAGGAUGAUCCAAAUACCAGUGAUUAUUCACGCAUUAAUGAUACUACAGAUGCCAGUUUAUCUAAUAAAUGGGUGUUUCGUCCUGAAGAACAAUCUGAAUUUAACAGUAAUAAAUCCACACAAAUCAUUAGGAAUGGACAAUCUAAAGCGUUAAAUAAUUUUGAUUCAACCCAAACGGUGCUACCUACUGAAAACAUCCAACCAUUACACGAAGAAGUGGAAACACAGUUGAUUUAUUCUCCAACCCUCCAAAAUAAUCCCAUUCGAGAUUCAAUAAUAUCGACCCUUCCAAUCAUUGAGAACACCAAUUCCUCCUCAACUCAAGAAAUAAUCUCUAAACCAUCUUCUACUGCUACGAAUACGACGUUGCCAGAAACCCAGCCUCCUAUGGGGGACAACAACAGGUUGGAACCAACGAUCGAAGUUGCUGAAACUAGUUCACCUUCUAUGAAUGAUAUUUAUACUGCAACAUUUGAACAAACAGACCCGGAGAUGCAACAGCAACAUCAAGUAUCACAAGCAUCAAAUAAUGAACAAGAAUCUCAAAAUCUGCAGACAGAAGCUUCGAGAAGAUUUUUUCUUCAAGUAUCAAGCAAACCAUAUUCGUACAAGGACUCUAAUGGAAACCUCAAUUAUACAGAUCAAGAUAUACAAGAUAACCUAGCAUUAAGUGAAGCAGAGGUAACUCAAGAGCUGCCUGAAUUGGAAGAGGAGUCAGUAAGCCAAGCGCAAAACAACGCAGAUCAAGAUAAUGAACCUGUUGAAACGAACGAAGUACUAAAAUCACUCCGUAACGAUUCUCAAGAUAUUGUAUACAGUAGAAGAAAGAUGAAAAGAAAACAAUUCGAAACGGUAGAAAUUUCGAAAGGUGAGGAACAUCGAAGUAGCAUGCCAUCUCCAAAGAAACGACUGAUACGUGGAACAGAUUUUAUGAGAGAAGAAGAGAAGGAAUCUGUUACAAAUAAGGACGAUACGAAAGAUCAAGAGCAAGAAGUUGUAACGCAAGAUAAUAAUACCAAGGAUUCAGAUGAAAACGAACGUACUUAUAAUUUUCCAACUGAGUUACGAAAUGAAGAUACUCAAUAUCUAUCGAGAAAUGAUAUACAAUUCGAAAACGCAAUUUGGUCUCAAUAUACAUUAAAUUAUCAAUUUUAUCCAGGUAUUCUUUUGCCAAAAGAGAUUUCGAAAGAUAGAUGUUGGGUAUUGUUUUAUACUGGUAAAGAAGAAAGUAAACGUGAAGAUGUUUACUACUUAGAUAUUAGGAUUGGUGACACUGUGAAUUGGAAUGGCAAUAAGUAUGUAGUCACUGGAUUGAACUGUGAAUCACAUGAUCCGAAUAUUAUCAGAUGUGUCCGUGGUUAUGAUACUGUUUAUAUGCGAAAGAAGACAGUAUCUGGAGGUUUAGGUAAACGGACAUUUAUUAAACCUCUUUCUGUCAUAACGAUUGAUUUAGAUGAGUGGGCCAAGAGACCCAAAAUUAUCUUAGAGGAUGGAAUUAGUACCAAGGGGAAAGCUCAUAAAGAUUUGGAACAUCCUAUACGAGGAAGAAAGAGCAUUUUCAUUAAUUCUCCUAGAAAAACUACCAGGAGAGCUACAAACGAAGAAUCAGAUAUCGAAGCCAUUAUAAAGGAGCCGACAAUAACACCAAUAAAGAAACCCACAGGAACAAGUCUUGACGUAGAACUACCGCUCAUACCAGUUUCUUUAAAAUCGAAAAACUCAGGUACCAAAAUCUUUGAUAAGUGUCUUUUUGUUCUCUCGAACAUAUAUGAUAAUAAAGCAGAACUUUGUCAUCUUAUAGAAUCUAAUGGUGGUAAAGUUAUAGAACUUGGCUUUGCUAGUUUAUUUGAUAACCCCACUGUCGCAUCCACAAUGCCAUUAGGUGAAGAUGAAAAUAUAAUCCUAAGAGAAAGUCAAAUGCAUCUCGAGUGGAAUCCAAACAGUCCAUUCAAGGAUUAUAAAUUUGCCUGCCUUUUAGCUAAACGCCAUUUGAGAAGUCUAAAAUACUUAGAGACCUUAGCGCUUGGUUGGCCCAUUCUACACUGGAAAUUCAUCCAUAAAUGUCUCAAAAAUAAUAAACUCCUUUUAAACUCGAUUUAUGAAUUUCUUUUACCUGCGGGUGAAAGUUUCCGAUUAGGUCUAGAUCGUAUUAUGAAGACUGGUAUCAUUAAAUCGUACAACAUACAUUCAUUUUACAGUAAAUUACUUGAGGGUUCAACUUUGCAAAAUCAGGUAAGUCAUUUAAAGAAUAAAAUGUCAGGCUAUAUUGUUUUAUUUUAUGGUUAUUCUCAAUUGGAUGACUUUCUCAAAUUUCUAUUCGAAUGUUUAGGGAUCAAUAAGUUCUACGAAAGUGACAUGGAUGUAAUGAGUGAAGAUUAUUCUAAACCUUUAUUAAUUAUUUUGGAGAAAUUAUUUGAUGUAUGUAUGCUUGAGAAUUAUAAGAUAUUAGUAUACAUGAGUGAUGACACGGGGAAAAUAAGUAGUAGUUUACUGGAUGAAGCAAGAAAAGACAUAUCCGAGAAAUUCGGUGGAAGUCCCGUUACGUUUCAUGUAGAAGGGAAAGAAUGGCUUAUUCAAACUAUUGUUAAUGAAUCAACAGGUUUCGAGGAUGAAGAUUAUUAG